UUUUAUACAACCCAGAAAACUGUGAAUUACAAUCGAAUGUAACAGUCUCAAUAUAAAUACUGUUGAGGCAAAACAGUAUGUAUCAGUUCAUUUUCUUCCCGAAAUCUGAGUAGGUACCAACUAUAACAAUGAAACAAGUUAUUGUCUCCUUGUGUUGUUUGAUUAUAGCAACUGCAGCUAUACCAAUUGAAAGUUUUGUAGAUGAAGAUGGCCAACAAUAUGUUUUAGUUCCUUUGCAGAGGCAGAGAAGGGAUCUAACAUGGGGAGCAAACCAAAAUGGUUACUCUCUUGGCCAAAAAGGUACUAUCUACAGCAGUGGUAAUCACCAAUUUGACGGCUCGUACGGUGCAUCAAAAGCUUGGGGAUCACAUGGUAUUAAACCCGAUUCAUUUGGCGGCCGUGUAGAUUAUACUCACAGUACUAGUGGUUCAAACGCCUUUGUUGGAGCAAACAGAACUCCAGGUUGGGGUACUGAUGUGGCUGCCGGUGGAAGGUACAAUAUAGUUCAAGGAAAGAACUGGAAUGUUGGUGCAACAGGACAGUACGGAAGGCAUUUCGGUGGGCCUAUUGGGACUGGAAAACCAGGAUAUAGUGCUUUCUUAAAUGUAAACGGACGGUUCUAAAUAACAAAUUAGCAGUAUUUAUUUUACAUUAGUUUAUUUUUAUUGCCUGCCUAUUUAUUUUUUUUGAAUAAAAACAUUUUUAUGAAUA